UCUGGUGACAUCAGCAACUGUGUCGCAAUCCCAGCCGGGUUUUUUUGGGGCGUUUUCCCCUUUAUUCCAUCACUUUCGUGCUGACAGGACUAUGGGGACCCUGCUCCUCGUGCCCCUGCUCGCCUCUCUCCAGCUCCUCCCGCCGGCGUCACCCACAGACCCUCCUCCUCCUCCCACCAUCACAGUGACGCCAGAGAAGCUUGAAUACAUCGUGGGUGACACCAUCUCCCUCUGCUGCUCUGCCCCGCCGGCCACCAAGGAGAAGAUCCAGGGGUUUCACUUCUUGGGGACCAGUGGGUGGGCGGUGGACGCACGGGUGAGGACAAAGAGCUAUGUCUACACGUUCACCAUCACGGGGCCACGGGACAGUGGCGCCCACACCUGCACCUACAGUGUCCUCACCCCAACCCGGCAUUACCUGCGCUCGCGGGAGAGCAAACCCAUCGUCAUCAGCGUCAGAGACCUCCCGCCUCCGCCGACUUUGACCUUGACCCCUGCGGGCGGGGUCACCAUGGAAGGUCGACCGCUCAUCUUUCUCUGCCAUGCCCCGGCAGGGGAGGCGCCGCGGCGGUUCCACUUCUACAAGGACGAGGUUGAGGUCACCGAGGGGACCCAGUUGACAUCAGGGGAAACUGAGGCACAGCUGAAAGUGGCCGCUGCUGGGAUGGGCCUCUCGGGCAAUGUCACCUGCGGGUACGAGGAGGAGACCGAGGGCCGGUGGGUCCCAUCCUAUCCCAGCCAGACCCGCCUGCUGCUCAUUACAGAGGCAGCAGCCGCUCCCCACCUGUCUGUGGAUCCCCCGACUCUUGUGGUUCCCCAGGACGCCCCCCUGCGCCUGACGUGUGAGUCCUCCAGAGCCGCCUUCACCAUGAGCUUCCACUUCUAUCGCAAUGGGGCCAAGAUGGCGCCAGGCCUGGAAGGUUCCGUGGCAGAAAAUUGGGGGAAUUCCUCCCAUUUCUACAUCCCCCACACCCCUCUGGGGUUCAGCGGGAACUUCAGCUGCACCGUGGAGGAAAACAUGGGCGGGACGUGGGUGGAGGGGCCACCCAGCAACAUGGCCGACAUCAUCGUCAGCGCCCAGUUCUCGCUCGUCCCAUUGUUUGCUGGCUGUGCAGGGGGCGUGGCCAUGCUGCUCCUGUUGCUCCCAUUGGUCGUUUGGCUGUGGAGGAGGCGGAGAGGUGGCGUCUCCUGGAAGGGAUUCCGGAAUAAAGACGACAGCGGCGGCUUCUCAUUGGCCGACGUGGGCAACACGUGACCAACUGGCCAUGCCCACCUGGGCGGGCUGGCUGGGUUUGGUCCCCUCGGUCCUCCCUUCUGAUUGGUCACCUUAGUCCCUCAUUGCAAUUGGUCACCUCAUGUUCUGCCUUGUGAUUGGUCCUCUCAGCAUCUCCCUCAUUGUGACUGGUCCCCUCAGCUCGUCCUUUUUGAUUGGCCCCCAGUCCUUCCUUCUGACUGCUCCCCUCAGCUCCUUCCUCAUUUUGUUUGGUCACCUCAGGCCUUCUCUUGUGAUUGGUCGGCGCUGGGCUUGCCAGACUGUAAUUGGUCACAUUGGCUCCUCCCUCGUGUUUGGCUGUCACAAUCCUUCCUUCAGAUUGGUCACCUCAGCUCCUCCCCCAGUUUUAAUUGGUCCCCUGAGUCCUUGCUUGUGAUUGGUCCCCUCAAUCUUUUCUUCUGAUUGGUCACCUCAGGCCCUCACUGGGAUUGGUCCCCUCAGUCCUCACUUGUGAUUGGACCCCUCAAUCUCUCCUUGCCAUUGGUCACCUCAGAUCCUUCCUUCUGAUUGGCCUGAGCUAGGCUUGCUUGCCUCUGAUUGGUCACUCAGGUCCUUCCCUCAUUGCGAUUUGUCUCUUCAGUCCUUCAUUCUGAUUGGUCCCCUCAUUCCCUCCCUAUCCUUAAACAUGAUGUAAUAGACACACAUGGGUUUAGCAGCUUAGCGAUACUUACAUCCAAGAAGACAUUUAGAAGAGCUGAAAGUCAGCUACCCAAUUUGAACAGCUGCAAUUUGGCAUAGUAAUCUGACCUAUAUUAAGUUUCCAUUCACUUGAGUACUACUUGGAGGAGAUUCUUAACCACUGUUCUUGUAUCCUGUGCUUCCAGUUUGUAAAACACGCUAGUUUAAAAAAGAAUUUGAGUUACCUCAGAGGAGGAGAAUGAUGAGA